AUGGUCCGGGCAGUCUGUGGUCUGGACAAUCGGACAUCGGAUGCCAUGAAGCCUCGCAUUCUUCUCUGGUGGGAGGUGUUGCUCCCGCAUAAUGGCUCAUCAUCAGCCAACGUGAGCUCACAUCCGGACUUCGAUGGCGGGGAUCAUCAGGUUACACCACGCGACCAGAUCUGCAAGAGCAAGCACAGCCAGUGCAAAAGUGGGAACAGAGGCUAUACGUGCCAGUGCAACGAGGGCUACGACGGCAACCCAUACGUCGACGGCGGAUGCAAAGAUGUCCGCUCCAAAUACGUCAGAGGUUUAAACGUCAUUAUUGGACUUGCUAGUGGGGCGGGCCUCAUACUUUUGGUCCUCAUUGCAUACUAUAUUUCCUACAAAUUUAAGCUUCAAAGGGCACAAAUGUUGAAACGGAAGUAUUUCGAGCAAAACCGUGGGCAGUUGUUGCAACAGUUGGUAUCUCAAAGAGCUGAUAUUGCAGAGAGAAUGGUCAUAACCUUGGAAGAGUUGAAGAAGGCAACAAAUAAUUUUGAUAAAGCUCGUGAACUUGGUGGUGGUGGACAUGGUACGGUCUAUAAAGGGAUUUUGUCGGACCUCCACGUCGUAGCCAUCAAGAAACCAAAGAUGGUUGUUCAAAGGGAGAUUGAUGAGUUUAUUAAUGAGGUUGCUAUCCUAUCACAAAUCAACCAUAGGAAUGUAGUAAAACUAUAUGGCUGCUGCCUUGAAACAGAAGUCCCAUUGCUGGUCUAUGAGUUCAUAUCCAAUGGAACUCUUUAUGAUCAUCUUCAUGUUGAAGGACCAAGAUCAUUGUCAUGGGAUGAUAGGCUACGGAUAGCAACUGAAACUGCCAAAUCUCUUGCCCAUCUUCACUCAACGGCUUUAGUGCCAAUCAUCCAUAGAGAUAUCAAGCCUGCUAACAUACUUUUGGAUGAUACUCUAACAGCAAAGGUAGCAGACUUUGGCGCUUCAAGGUACAUUCCUUUGGACAAAUCAGGGCUCACAACAAUGGUGCAAGGUACACUAGGAUAUCUCGAUCCGAUGUACAUGCACACAUGGCGCCUCACGGAGAAAAGUGAUGUUUAUAGCUUUGGUGUUAUGCUUAUAGAGUUAAUGACCAGAAAGAAACCAUUUACCUAUAUGGCUUCCGAAGGCAAUGGUCUUGUGGCACAUUUUGCUACCUUAUUUGCAGAAGGGAAUUUGUCGGAGAUAUUAGAUCCACAAGUUAUGAGUGAAGGUGGCAACAGAAUUGAUGAAAUCGCUGCAAUUGCAGUAGCAUGUGUUAAGUUAAGAGGGGAGGAACGGCCAACCAUGAGACAAGUGGAGUUGAGACUGGAAGCUGCUCAAUCACCUGAGGAAUUUGAGGCAAAUGGUGAUAUUGUAGCAAAUUCUCCAUUAGCAUGCGGAGCGGGAUUGACUAGCAGGCAGUAUAGCAUGGAAGAAGAGUACGCGUUGUCUGCAAGAUAUCCACGGUAG